GUGGUGCGUGCGGGUACGGGUCGCUGGUGGACGUACGACCAAUGCGGGCGCGCGUGGGUGCUGUGAGCCCGGUGCUGUUUAAGGACGGGGAAGGGUGCGGCGCGUGCUACAAAGUGCGGUGUGCGGAUCAGUCCGUCUGUUCGAGGCGCGCCGUCACCAUCAUCGUCACCGACGAGUGCCCCGGCGGCUACUGUGCCUUCGGCCGCACUCACUUCGAUCUCAGCGGAGCCGCUUUCAGCCGCAUGGCCAUUGCUGGACAGGGUCCCGAGCUCCGCAACCGCGGCGAGAUCUCCGUCCUCUAUCGCCGGUAAUAGUAUAUCAUCUAUUGCAAUUACUCAUUUUCUCUGGAAGAUCUCUUUUGUACAGU